UCUCCGCCUCUGUUAGUUUUCUCUGAGCCGCUGCUCUGCGGUCUGGCACGUUUACGGUUCUGCUGCUUCGGUUUUUAUUUGAUUUCGGCUGCAAUUUUUUUGGACGUGCCUUUAAAAAUAUAUAUUUGUAAAGCCACACUGGGGUGUAGGAAAGCAGCAGGAGGGAGCAGAGUGCGUGUUUUGGGCAGUAGGUAAGGAUUAGACGCCGUUGUUUGGGGAAACAUGGCGGCGGUGGGGGUGUCGGUGGGGGUGAGCGGGCUGUCCGGACCGGCUGUGGCCCGGCUGGAGGGCCGCGAGUUCGAGUACCUGAUGAAGAAGCGCUCGGUGACCGUGGGCCGGAACUCCUCUCAGGGAUCCGUGGAUGUGAGCAUGGGCCACUCCAGCUUCAUCUCCCGCAGGCACCUGGAGCUGUUCACGGCCGGAGAGGAGGACGGGGCAGGGGGAGACUUCUACCUGCGCUGCCUCGGGAAGAACGGCGUGUUCGUGGACGGUGUGUUUCUGCGCAGAGGAGCUCCUCCGUUACAGCUGCCCCGAGUGUGCACGUUCCGUUUCCCCAGUACGAGCAUAAAGAUCACGUUCACGGCGUUGGGGCGGGUGAAGAAGGAGCCGAAGGAGGCGGAGUCUCCGGUGAAGGCGGUUCAGCCUCACAUCUCCCCGCUGUCAAUCAACAUCCCUGAUAACAUCGCUCACCUAAUGAGCCCUCUGCCCUCGCCCACCGGGACCAUCAGUGCGGCUAACUCGUGUCCGUCGAGUCCCCGCGGUGCCGGUUCUUCAGGCUACAAAGUGGGCCGCAUCGUGUCCUCGGACCUGCACCUGAUCAACGAUAACUCUCACUCGGAGAACGAUAAAGAGGCGUCAGGAGGAGACAGUCCCAAAGACGACUCCAAACCUCCGUACUCGUACGCUCAGCUGAUCGUGCAGGCCAUCACUCUCGCUCCGGACAAACAGCUCACGCUCAACGGCAUCUACACACACAUCACCAAGAACUACCCCUACUACAGGAGUGCGGAUAAGGGCUGGCAGAACUCGAUCCGGCACAACCUGUCUCUGAACCGGUACUUCAUCAAGGUGCCUCGCUCUCAGGAGGAGCCGGGGAAGGGUUCGUUCUGGAGGAUAGAUCCGUCCUCAGAGGGGAAACUCAUCGAGCAGGCCUUCAGGAAGCGCAGACCUCGCGGAGUUCCCUGCUUCAGAACCCCGCUCGGACCGCUCUCGUCCAGGAGCGCCCCGGCAUCACCCAGCCAUUCCGGCGUUCUCUCCGCCCACUCCAGCGGCGUCCAGACCCCUGACAGCCUGUCACGAGAGGGCUCGCCCGUUCCCUCGGAGACAGACUCCGCCCCUGCCCCGCCUCCUGUCACCGCCGCCGCCGCCGCCAUACAGCCGAAACUGGCCGUGAUCCAGGAGGCUCAUCUGGCACAGGCCACGCCCGGUUCUCCAGUGAGCAGUGCUCCGGUGCUGAUAGCGGUUCAGAGACCCGUGAUGUUCUCCUCGUCCUCCUCCUCCUCGGCUGCUCCUCAGACGCUGAUGCAGACUCUCCACGUUCUCCAUCAGAUCCCCGUCAGCGCUGCUAAACCGCCACACGCCCCUCAGCCUCAGGAGAACGGCGCCGUGCACGCAGAGGGCAAAGUGAAAGUAGAAGCCGUCCCCACCAUCACUCACACCUCCAUAGGCUCGGCCAAUCGGAUCAUCCAGAGCAGCGCGGCCACGCCCCUUCAGACGGUUACCAUAGUGCAGCAGGCUCCACUGGGUCAACACCAACUGCCAAUCAAAACCAUCACACAGAACGGCACACACAUGCUGCCCAUCGCUACAGCCAGCACAGUGUCCAGUCCCCUCCACCUGUUGGCGGCUCACGCGUCCGUCUCCGCUUCUCUGCCCACUAAACGACAGAACGGAGAGAGCGAGCAGCCUGAGAGUAAACGACAGAAAACGGAGGAGCAGCAGCACAGCGCCGCCUCUGACCCUAACGGAACAGCCGACACGGACACGCCCACUGCUGUCAAUCAUGACUAGGCAUUAACAUAAGCCCCGCCCCCUUCCCUUUGCGGACAGCUCCACCUCUCACUGUCUGUCUUAUUCAUCCUCUCUCUCUCUCUCUCUCUCUCUCUCUCUCUCUCUGUUGUCAUGUCCGUUACUGACUGUUCAAUAUGAAGCAAAAAAAAAAAAAAAAAACCUCAAACGGAUGUCCCGCAUCACCCCUGGAGUAAAACCCCGCCCACUUACAGACUCCGCCCACCCGCCUGCUCUAUAGGGCCCGGCUUCCUCUCCGUUUACGGGAAUGUCAUCGUUAUUUUCUCUCUUACACCAAACACACACAUUUCUACAAUCUCCCAAAAGACUGCAGCUCGUAUUUAUAUAUUUAUACUCACACACACACACACACACACACACACACACACUAGAGCUGGGUGAUAUGGUAUAUAUCAGAUCACGAUACACAUCACAGUCUGUUAGCGAAACCAUGACGUUUAUUUUUGUUUUUUUAUUUUUUAAACCCGGAGUGAAAUUUAAUGAAUUAUUUAAUGAGAUUAAAACAUUGACUUGAUAAAUGAGUUGUUACUGUCCUGGGAGUCUCACCAUAAACACCAGUUCUCUAACUGUCUCACUUUCUCUCUCUCUCUCUCUCUCUCUCUCUCUGUCUCUCUGUCUCUCUCUCUCUCUCUCUCUCUCUCUCUCUCAUUCUCCAUCUCUCUCUCUCUCUCUCUCUCUCUCGUUCUCCAUCUCUCUCUCUCUCUGUCUCUCUCUCUGUCUCUCUCUCUCCCUCUCGUUCUCCAUCUCUCUCUCUCUCUUUCUCUCUCUCUCUCUCUCUCUGUCUCACUUUCUCUCUCUCUCUCUCUCUCUCUCUCUGUCUCUCUCUCUCUCUCUCUCUCUCGUUCUCCAUCUCUCUCUCUCUCUGUCUCUGUCUCUCUCUCUCCAUCUCUCUCUCUCUCUCUCGUUCUCCAUCUCUCUCUCUCUCUCUCUCUCUCUCUCUCU